GUUUGUAGUGUCAGAGCUUGCAUAGCUACAGAAAAAAAAAGAUUCUAAAAGGGAUAGCAGUCACAGAAUGGAGCAGUAUAUCUGGUGAGAAACGAAACUGGUUGGUCGUACGUUAACAUGAAGAAUCGCCAGCACCCGUCUCGUAUCGUUAUCAUAAGAUGUAGGGGUCUGAUUAUUUCGCACGAAUUCGGACGUAUUUGUUCAGUUUGCCGCAACAAUUCACGUGCAGUGCAACCGUAGACGUAGUAAACCAUGAUUUAAAAUCGCGGAAAUUAGAAGUAAUCAAAAGAGCUAAGGUUGUUUACUACAACUAUGAAGAGAGGGCAGUAAGAGCGAAGCGUGCAAGAUGGCCACCUGAGAUGCAGGUGGAGUUGUAGUGUAAAAGGAAGAAGUUUGGCGCCAUGUAGUCGUGGAGAUGGAGGUUGACAUCCUCCAGACAUGGAUGAAUUGGGCCAGCAUCCAUGUAUACGUGUGAGACGAAAGAAUGUCAGACUUGUGUUUGAAAACGCUGAAAAAAUACGCUGUUUGUUUGCCGUUCGCCUCUCCGAAAAAAAGGGGCAGAGACAGGAUGUGUCAAAGUUGGGGUUUGUGUUUCUCAGUGUUGAAUGUGAUCAGAGGGAACAAGAGCUGGCAACUUCAGAUGUUGUGUCCAAGGUUCAGAGCUAUGUAGACACACUGUGUAAUACCGAGCGAGAGGAUAGAGCUUCUUGUGGGGGCGAGGAUUCAAGCUAUGACUCCGAUUAUGAGGCAGAAGACUUGGCAUCACACCAUGACGUGAGCCGUACGGUAUCAGAUACCCUGGGAGCAGAGUUCGCUGAGUAUGUGUCCGGCCCUCAGUCAGCACCAGCCCAGCCUCCACAACAAGGUUCUGCAGGUUAUGCUGCAAGGGUUGAGUUUGGGCUCAAGCUGGGAUACACAGAGUCACUUGUUCAGGCAGCUCUUCAGAAACUUGGACCCAGUCCUGAACAAAAUGAGCUCCUAGAAGAGCUAAUUAAACUUGGGGCUCAGGCCCCAAGACAGCAAGACCUUGCUCCCGAAGGAGCUGAAGAAUCAGACUCCACUUUUGACGCACCAGCAGAUGAUUCUCUCAGCCUCCGACUCCGCCCCAUUGUCAUUGAUGGAAGUAAUGUUGCCAUGGGCCAUGGCAACAAGGAAGUUUUCUCGUGUCGAGGAAUAAAGUUGUGUGUUGAGUGGUUCCGGGCUAGAGGCCACAAGGAAAUUACAGUUUUUGUUCCAAAAUGGCGUAAAGAAGCUGCACGGCCAGAUAAUCCUGUUGCUGACCAAGAAAUACUAACAGAAUUAGAGAGAGAUCGUUGUCUGGUGUUUACACCAUCUCGUCUGGUUGGUGGCAAGAGAAUGGUUUGCUAUGAUGAUCGUUACAUACUGAAACUGGCAUCAGAAAUAGAUGGCAUUGUAGUGUCUAAUGACAACUAUCGAGAUCUUGCUCAGGAAAGUCCUGAAUUCAGGAAGGUUAUUGAAGAGAGGAUACUUAUGUACUCCUUUGUCAAUGACAGGUUCAUGCCUCCUGAUGAUCCCUUGGGAAGAUCUGGCCCAACGCUGGACAACUUCUUGCGCAUUCAGCCACGGAAGGGUGAUCCUCCACCUCCCUGUCCAUAUGGCAAGAAGUGCACAUAUGGGAACAAAUGUAAAUUUCACCAUCCAGAACGAGGACCACUUCCACACAAGUCAGUUACUGAACGGCUUGUGGAACAUGCACAGAGACAGCGGGAAGCUCGAGGCAUUCACAGUCGUGACUCCAGUCCAGGUAACCAGCUGAAGAGUAAAUCUUUGAGUCUACCAUUACCUUCAUCACCUCCAGUGGAACUAGAUUCCACAAAACAGCCCAUCAGGAAGACUCCACUUGCACGCACCAAGUCCAGUGUACCUGGCAUCUCAGUGCCACCAGAAGGAGAGAAACAGAAGAAGAUUAGUGUGCUGAAAAGUUGUAGUGUUGAGAAUGUGGCAGAGGGUGCUGUAGGAUACUAUCAUAGUCCACAACAAAUGACAGUGCCACGUCCAGGCUAUGGGCUGUGGAACCCGGGAGUCAGUUCAGAACAGCAGCCAUGGCCUCCGUACACUGCAGGGUAUAGUGAUCAAGGAGGUCAUGUGGCUGUGGCAAAACGUCUCUCAGAUCCUGAGAGUCCUCCAGCACAUGUGGAUGUGGGUGUAAACUUGCAUCGUAAGCUGCAGCGUCAGUUGACCCUGAAUCCAACAAGUGAUCCUCGUCUGUAUCAGAUGCAACGGUAUCUGGUCCCCUCGCCCUCCCAGCCACUCGCCACACACCGUCCUGUGACACGACAUAGCAGUGGUGGGGAUGCUCAGUAUGGACCCUCAACAGCGGCCAUUACAACAGGUUGGGAGCACCGCCAUAUGCAUCAAAAUGUGACACGCAUAGCCUCUGCCCCUGAUUCGUACCAGCCCUGGCCACCUGUCCCUCCACCACAUCCUGCCAGGCAUAUGCACCGGCUAGGCAGCACAUCCGACCCUCAGCUGAACCUUUGCGUUCCACCAAGUGAACCACCUCUCCUCUCUGAUCCUUUUGAUGGCUCUGUUUGGCAACCAGCCACAUCUGCCCAUCCACCUUCUGUAGUUUGGCCUCCACAAACCUCACAUAUGCCACCUCCCCCUUCUCAUGCUCCAUUUUCAACAAAUGCAGAAGAUGCAAGAAGAAGACUGCAUUACCAUCUGGCAUCCAUCUUUCCUGAAGAACAGGUGCAGAAGGCUAUGCAAUUAUAUCCAGAGGAAACUAACCCUCAGAAAAUCUGUGCUGCUAUACUGUCUAUGUUUCCAAAACCAUAGCUUAUUGUUCGUGGUUCAGUUUCAUUUCUCAUGCUGUGGGCAAGUGGAAGGCUGAAUGAAAUGUUAGAAAACCAAGCAAGACUGCAGACUUUAUGUCACCCCCAGGUAUAUUGUGGGUAGUUCAGCAGUAUGCACAGAACAUCCAGCAAGCUGAACUCUCUGAAUUAACCUUCAGAGUUAGUUACAGAGCAGAGAGCUAAGCUGAAGCAGAACUGGUAGAUAGUAAUUGGGGUGAUCUUUGGAGCUGUGACUCAUGCCCUACAGGUGGGGCCUUCCUUCAUCCAUUAACACAUUCACUGCCAUAUAUGGAGGCCUCUGCCCCCAAGUUCCUUUUGUCUUCUCUCAUUUAUUUUGUAUGUCGAAAUACCAGUUUGAAUUUGUCAGUCGGAUUCAGUAAACCUUUUGACAUGAAAAUGAGAGUUCUUCCUUUUUUAAAAAUAAAAAUAUGUUGAUGUCCUUUACAUUUUUUAGCAUGUAUGUGUGUUUUUUUGUAGGUUUUUUGAGCGUACACAAUGAAAAGUUGCAAAAAUAUGGCAAUUAGCUUUGCGUUUACAGGAAACAACUUAGGAGCCACCAAACAGAUAUCCAUGAAAUUUUAUAUUAGGAAGUUUUACUAAAAUCGGUUAAUAUCUUCCAGUUUGUGUUGAUAUCACAGAGCAAUAAUAGACACUUUUUAUAAAGACCUGCGAGGUACAGUCAGUAAAUAGGUUACAAAUGGAAGUAAAACAGCUGAAAUUGGCUAAUAGGUUUUCUGUGUGUAUCACUA